ACCGAUCCGGACACGGUCGUGGCACACUGGCACGGGAGGUGCGGAGUAGAGUUUGAGCUGCAUAAUGUCGUCCCCACUUGAAGCGCUUGAAACGAAUUUAGAGAUGUUUAUCGAGAAUGUUCGGCAGCUAGGAAUAAUUGUGAGUGACUUUCAGCCACAAGGGCAAACCACGUUAAACCAAAAAAUAAAUCAUAUCGUCACUUUGAUGCAAGAGGUGGAUAGAUGUAAGCCACAAGUCCAGGACAUACAAGUGCCAUUGGAAGUGUUCGACUACAUUGACCAAGGAAGAAAUCCGCAACUGUUUACGAAGGAUUGCAUGGAAAAGGCGCUGACCAAGAAUGAACAAGUGAAAGGCAAGAUCGAGUCCUAUCGCAGGUUCAAGGCACUGCUGCUUCUGGAGCUGAGCAAAGUGUUCCCCACAGAAAUGGCCAAAUACAGGGCCAUCAGAGGCGACGAGCGACCAGCCACAUAGAGGCCUCAUGUGAACUCUGUGAAGUGUAUAUACAUUUGAACGUAGUUCACUAAACGCUGAUUCACACUACGCCGACACGAGAACGAUUUUGGUCUGCCGACUGAUGACGCGAGCAGUUUAUAUAGGACGGGAAA